AUGUCGGCAUCCCUAGAAGACCUGAUCCCCCUGGUCAACAAACUGCAGGACCUCGUGUUCAACACCAUUGGCUCCGACACACUCGACUUGCCCCAGGUCGUGGUGGUCGGCUCCCAGUCGUGUGGUAAGUCGUCGGUGCUGGAAAACAUUGUGGGUCGAGACUUUCUGCCCCGAGGUACUGGCAUCGUCACCCGACGACCUCUCGUGCUGCAGCUCGUCAACCUGCCCUCUGAAGAGAAGGACCGUCCUGGAUCCAGUGGCGAGGUGCACACUCGAACCCCCAAGUCCAACUCGGUCGAAUGGGGAGAGUUUUUGCACAUUCCCGGACGACAGUUCUACGACUUUGAGGAGAUUCGAAAGGAGAUUGAGAAUGAGACGGUGCGAAUUGCCGGAAACAACAAGGGCAUCAACCGAAUCCCUAUCAACCUCAAAAUCUUCUCACCCCACGUGCUCAACCUGACGCUGGUUGAUCUGCCCGGUCUCACCAAGAUCCCUAUUGGCGAUCAGCCCACCGACAUUGAGCGACAGACCCGUCACCUCAUCUGCGAGUACAUUGCCAAGCCCAACUCCAUCAUCUUGGCUGUCUCCCCUGCCAACGUGGACAUUGUCAACUCCGAGUCACUUAAGCUCGCCCGACAGGUCGAUCCCCACGGCAAGCGAACCAUUGGUAUUCUCACCAAGCUGGAUCUAAUGGACCAGGGUACUAACGCCAUGGAUAUCCUGUCUGGCCGGGUAUACCCUCUCAAGCUGGGCUUCAUUGGUGUGAUCAAUCGAUCUCAGCAGGAUAUCCACGCCAACAAGCCCCUGUCCGACUCGCUGGAGGCCGAGAGGGAGUUCUUCCAGAACCACCCCGUGUACAGAAACAUCUCCCAUAAGUGCGGUACCCAGUUUCUCGCCAAGUCUCUGAACCAGACUCUCAUGAACCACAUUCGGGAGAAGCUGCCCGACAUCAAGGCCAAGCUCAAUACCCUUAUGGGCCAGACCGAGCAGGAACUGUCCAGCUACGGAGUGUCAUACCUCAACUCUGGCGAGUCCAAGGGCACUCUUAUUCUGCAGCUCAUGACCAAGUUUGCCUCCAAGUUCGUCACCUCCAUCGAGGGUACCGCCGCCGUCUCUACCAAGGAGCUGUGCGGAGGCGCUCGAAUCUACUACAUUUACAAUGAUGUGUUUGGUACAGCGCUGUCUUCGAUAAGCCCCACCGCCAACCUGUCCAUCAACGACAUUCGAACCGCCAUUCGAAACUCCACCGGUCCCCGACCCUCGCUCUUUGUUCCGGAGCUCGCCUUUGAUAUGCUUGUGAAGCCUCAGAUCAAGCUGCUGGAGCCGCCCUCCCAGCGAUGCGUCGAGCUUGUGUACGAGGAGCUCAUGAAGAUCUGCCACAACUGCGGAUCUCCCGAGCUCUCUCGGUUUCCUAAACUUCAGGCCAAGCUCAUUGAGUGUGUCUCCGACCUGCUGCGGGAGCGACUUGGCCCUACCGCCUCGUACGUGGAGUCUCUGAUCGCUAUCCAGCGAGCAUACAUCAACACCAACCAUCCCAACUUCAUUGGCGCUGCCGACGCUAUGGCUACCGUGGUGGAGGAGAAGAAGCAAAAAGAAAACGCCAGCCGGCAGAAGGAUAUGCGACGAAAGCACAUGGAUAUGCUCCCUCCCAACGGCAAGGAUACCCCUCAGGCCAUCGAGAAUGGUCCUGACGACGACUCCACGUCUUCUCGACCUGGUUCUACCGAGGGUGGUAAGGACCACCAGCGAGAGGCCCAUCAUCACCGAACCCCUUCCACCGCCACUAACGCCUCCGGAGAGCCCAAGGACACAUUCCUCAACUACUUCUUUGGCAAGGACGCCGAUGGCAACCCUGUCAUGCCUCCCCCCGGUGCUGCUGGCGUGAAGGGUCAGUUCCCCAAUGGUUUCUCGUCCUCCGGAGGCUCCCAGAAGGGUCCCCACGACAAGAAGCACAUUUCGGACCCCAUGGACACCAUGGCUUCUGCAUUUGACGACAUGGAUCUCGAGGAAGGCGAGCAGCUGUCCGACCGAGAGAAGCUCGAGACUGAGUUGAUACGACGACUGAUUGUGUCGUACUUCAACAUUGUGCGAGAGUCCAUCCAGGACCAGGUCCCCAAGGCGGUCAUGCAUCUGCUGGUCAACUUCAGUAAGGAGAGCGUUCAGAACCGACUGGUCAGCGAGUUGUACAAGGAGGCUCUGUUUGAUGCCCUUCUGUUUGAGGACGAAAACCUGGCCCAGGAGCGAGAAAAGUGCGAGACUCUGCUCAAGACUUACAAGGAGGCUUCCAAGAUUAUUGGCGAGGUGAUCUAA